AUGCGCAUCACCUACAACUUUGCCACUGCCCUUGUUGGUUUUUUGUCGAUCGCAAGCUAUGCUUCGGCUGCAAUAGAAGAUUACAAUCGUUUAAAUAUAUCGGAGGCAGCUGUUCUCUUCAUUGAUCACCAAGUAGGACUAUUCAAUUUGGUUCAAGACACUAGCCCAGAUUCUUUCAAGAACACUAUUUUAGCUGUCGGUGACACUGCAAAAUUCUUCGACUUGAAAGUAGUCCUGACCACAUCUCGCGAAGAUGGUCCAAAUGGUCCUAUGAUGCCAGAACUCAAAGCCAAAUUUCCAAAUGCGCCUUAUGUUGCUAGACCAGGACAAAUUAACGCUUGGGAUGAUCCAGAAUUUGUUAAAGCCGUAGAAGCUACCGGAAAGAAACAGCUCAUCAUAUCCGGUAUCGUUACAGAUGUAUGCGUAACAUUUGUUUCCUUAUCUGCCAAGGCUGCUGGUUAUGAAGUCUUUGUGGUUACCGAUGCUUCCGGUACAUUUAAUGAAGCCAUCAGAGAUGCCUCAUGGUUAAGAAUGGAAGCUGGUGGAAUUCAACUCAUGAACUGGUUUGCCGUUGCCUGUGAGUUAGCUCGCGAUUGGCGAAUGGAUCUUGAAGGUCUUGCAAACUUGUUCGGCUCCCACAUGCCAAAUUAUAAGGCAUUUAUGGACGGAUACAACGGAGCCGUCGCCUCAGCUAAGAAAUAG